GCAGUACCACGUGGCACGCAGCAACUAAACAUUGCUAAACAUACUUCCAAAUUUUUAGUGUGAAAUAAAAGAAAAUAUAUCAGCCGACAUAAAAAACUUCAAGUUAUACGAAAGCUAAAAAAUAAAUCUUUAUAAAUAGUCUGUAUAAUUGAAUUCAGUUUACAAAUUAAUUGAAUUUUGAUAAAAAAGCGUUCAAGCGUUGUAAAUCAGCUGUCUUUGUUGGGUGAGGCCAUUAUCUUUCAAAUUCAGCGAUUAAGUAAUUCAUCAUGUCUUGUAUAGAUAAUGUUCCGGGGUCACCCUCUGUAAUGUCUCCAGUCGUCAUUGAGAACCCUACAUGCUCAGGGUUAACUUGGAAAAAUGAUGAAGACAAAAAAAAACAUUCUGUUGCUAAUCAUCUCUCCGAAACACAAAGCAAGAUUUUGUUAGAUUACAUGUGCAAACAAGCUGAGGGUCGUCAGAAGAGACGUGAAGCCGGAAAUCUUGAUCCUAAUGAUCCUGAGGAUAUACUUUGUUCAUUGGUAUCAUUGGAACCAUUGGCACCAGCAUGCCAAAAAAAUUCUUCAUAUGAAUACACCGGAGAAUAUCUUGAAAAGAAGAAAAAAAUUUCUCAUAGAACACCACUGUUCUCCUUGUGGAUCUCAGAGUGUAGAGAACGUGAAAAAACAAGCAAGCUGUCUUUUUACGAACAAAGACAAAUAUGGCAAAAAAUAAAAGCGCAACUUGAAUCAUCUGAAUUAUGAUAUUUAGUCAAAGUUCAGAUUUAAUGGAAAGACAAUCAUCAAUGGCAUCAUCAACUGAAGAAGUAUCUGGUGCAAAUAAUGAUUUAAGUGGUGGGUCUAGAAGAGACGAUGAACAAUUUAGAGUAUUUAAAGAUUUUGACUUUUUAGAGUAUGAAUCAGAGAGUGUUGAGAGAGAAAGUACAGAUAAUUUUAAUUGGGGUAUACGUCGUCGUCCAUUGAGUAAAGGUGAAGAAAAAGAAUCAAGUUUUCGUAUUUUUGAAGAAUCAUUAUCUGAAAAAACAAUAUCAUCAUCAAAAAAUACAAGUCGUCGUAGUGGAGGUGAUCAGUGAUUGAUUAAUUGUUUGAUAUAUAUAUUUUUUAGAUCUAUGAAUUUAUAUAUUGUGUUAAUUAUCUUUUUUAUAAUUGAUAAUAGAAAAGAUGAUAUUUCAAAAAAAUUAAAUUAAAUCAAAUCUACGAUGCUUGUAAUCAAUGUCAAUUAAUAAAUAAAUAUACUUAUACUUAUUUAACAACAUAACGUGUUUUUAUUUUACUUACUGUAAGUUGAAUUAUCAAAGAAGGCGAGAGUGAUUUAAAUAGAAAUCGAAAAGGUGCUUAAAAAAAAAUUAAAAAAAAAAAAAGUUAAAUCUCUGCCAUCUGGGCCUUAAAGGCGUGACUGCUUUACUGAUGGUUUAACUUUUUCGUCUUAUUUUUUUCUCUUAUAUUUUUUUUACUUCCUUCGAACGUGUGUGUUACGCCGGAUAAACUGCUGGGGCACGUGCCCCAAGAAAUACGUCUAUCUGUAAACAUAAAAAAUGUCAAUUUUUUAUUUUGUUAAUUCUUUUUUUUUUGUUGUUAUUUUUUCAUAUUUAAUUAUCA